CAGUUUAUUUUAGAAAAUAUUUUAAAAUUAUUUAGUCUUUCAUGUAUCAGUUAUUACGAGGACUGGCAUUUUGUCAUGCGAAUAAUGUACUACAUCGCGACCUCAAGCCUCAAAAUCUACUAAUUAAUAAGGAUGGGGAGUUAAAAUUGGGUGAUUUUGGAUUAGCUCGACCGUUUGGUAUUCCUGUUCGCUGUUAUUCGGCUGAGGUUGUAACAUUAUGGUAUCGUCCGCCAGAUGUUUUAAUGGGAGCGAAGAUUUACACGACCUCAAUAGACAUGUGGUCAGCUGGAUGCAUUUUUGCAGAAUUGUCGAAUGGCGGAAGACCUCUUUUCCCAGGGAGCGACGUUGAUGACCAACUAAGAAAAAUAUACAAAAUCUUAGGAUCACCAAAUGAAGAUGCUUGGCCUGGAAUGACAAAAUUGCCAGAGUAUAAAGAUUAUGGGUUCCAUCUUCCAGUAUCGUUAUCUCACGUUGUUCCAAAACUUCCAUCCAUUGGCAGGGACCUACUACAGAAAUUGCUCGUGUUCAAUCCAUUAAUGCGUAUGGCUGCAGACGUUGCAAUGAAUCAUCAAUAUUUCAAUGAUCUUAAUCCUUUAAUCAAAAACUGAUUAUACCAGAUCUGUUCUAAUUUAAGUAACUCCGCUUUCAAAGAAGCAAGAAAAAUAUUCUGCAUAAUCGUGAAUACAUGCAUAAAAUCAACUUUUGUUGUACAUCAACUCAACCUACUAUUUACUGUAAGUUAAUAUAGGGAAUAUUGGUUAAACGUGUGCUAUAAUAUCCCCGAACGAUAUCACUAUGCUUUUGUAGAGAAACCAUAUGAACAUCUUGCUCAACAAUAGCUGU